AUGUUAGUUAAUUAAAGGAAGUGCAUGUUUUGCGAAAAACUACGAAAUGACGGGUCUUUUCACCUUAUACUCAAGAGAGCCUUGUAUUGCAAAUACUCUCAAUCACAAAACUUCUUUUAUGAGAAAGACAUUAAUGACAUAAUCGACGAUCGAUCCGUGAAAUGCACCAUUCAUUAUAAAGAUCAUUUGCACUUCAAUGAUCAAAAUGAGUACAUGCGGAGAUAUUACCGUUUUUUCGAAAGUGAUGAUCGAUUGCCAGCCCUACUUGAAUACUAUAAAUAUCACAUCAACAUACCAAGAAAUUUCAGCUCAAAAACAAUCAACAAGAGGAUGGAGAAAAACAGGGAAUAUUAGUAUUUGAAAAUUAAGCAAGAAUUGGGUCUCUGUUAAAAUCCUAAAAAUACUCAAUAGGAUUCUCCUCGUAAAAUCAAGGAUACUUCUGAGGAUCAAUCAGUCAGUUAAAUGAAGAACUUAUUAAAAGAUUUGAAAAUUGAAUCCACUCAAACCGACAUUUCGAGUAAUUCCACCAUUCUCAAAGAUCUUGUUAAAAUGAUUGGAAAUAAUGCCCAAAAACCUCAACCCUUCCAAAUCCUCAAUUACAACUAGUUCAUUCAAAAAUAAAUCAACCCAGUCAUUGAAGCCUAAAAACUUCAGUGUAAAUAACUAGAACUCAACUCAGCAAAACCUAAAGAAAAUAAAACCAAACUUAUUAAAUCACCACCCUUAACUGAACGCAAUCUAAAAUCCCAAUAAUUGUCUAGACAAUCAUCAAAUACUAAAUUAAAAAAUGAAACACUAAAAUAAACAUAAUAAUAAACAACAAUUACAACAACCACAGCCACUACUAAAAGACCUCCUUAACUUAAAUCAAGACAAGCUUCUUUGGGUAACAUCGAUUUAACUAAAUCCUGUUAAACCACUGCCAGAAACAAUCCAUAACAAAAUGAAUUAUUAUUUGAAUUAGCCAAAAAAGUAUUCUCAACCAAAAUUGCUAUCAACAACAAUUUGUUAACCAAAAAGAAACCUACUUCAUAAUAAACUAACAAUUUUUUUGUUAAAGGUAGAACUACAUUAUAAUUCAAUCUCAAAAACAUGGAAGAGAUAAGAAGUUCGAUUCAAAGCUUAAAUGUUCGACACAAAACCCCAAACUAAUUAAUCAAAUCGCAAUAAGGAACUCCAAAUUAUAAAAAGAAAUAAUUAUGA